UCUGUCUUUUGUUCUCUCUCCUUCUCUGAUCCUGUUUUCAGAUGUCUUCUAGAGGGAGCUUUAUCUUGUGUCUCUUAUUAUUGACACCACUAAUAGUUGUUGGUAAUGUCUCCAUAACCUCAACUCCUCCCCGCUCCUCUCCAGCUGUGUUUCAAGCAGGAGAGAAUAUCACUCUAACUUGUUCUAGCACUGCUAAUACUUACUCAUGGACCUCAUCAUUUUCUGAGUCAGCAGUCACUACUAGUAACAUUACUGGUUUGUUCCUUCAUGGAGCUAAUACAGGAGAUCAUGUGUGUAGCUCAGGAGGAAACACUGGCACUUAUACAAUAUCAGUACAAGGUACAACUGUUUGGUACAACAAUCCUCCCCCAGGGCGACUCCUACCAAACAACACUGCAAUAUCAGUAUAUGAAGAUGUAUCUGAGGUCAAAUGCUACACUGGUGACACUAGCACUAACAAUGAUGCUACAUUAAUAGUCACUCCAACUGGUUCUAACCAACCUCUUACAUUCACAAACAGGGAGGCAGGGUAUCUUAGAAAGAAUGGCCAGACUUCAAUAAAUAGUGUUACUAAUGGGGUCUAUACUUGUCAAUAUACUAAUUCAAGUGGUGGUAUCUCUUAUACUUCUUUUGCUGUCUUUCCAAGGAGCAGAGAGCCUUCUUCUGGCUCUAGUAAUACUAGUAAGUGA